AUGAUGGCGAGCUUCAUGAGCUACUUUGGAGCGGGUCGGAAGGACCCCAAGCAGACGGCGCGCGACGCCAUCGUCGGGCUGCGGCAGCAGCUGCAGAUGAUCGAGAAGAAGGAGGAGUACCUGCAGAAGAAGAUCGAGGAGGAGACGAAGAAGGCGAAGGCCAACGCUGUGACGAAUAAGGCUGUGGCUACGGCUGCCCUGAAGCGGAAGAAGAUGUCGGAGCUGGAGCUGGACAGGCUAUCAGGGAGCCGGCUGCAGCUCGAGAUGCAGGUGAACACGCUCGAGUCGGCCAACCUCAAUGCGGAGACGAUGGCGGCUAUGAAGAAGGCCUCGGACGCGCUCAAGGUCAUCCAUGGUAAUCUGACGCUGGACAAGGUGGACUCAACGAUGAAUGCCGUGAACGAGCAACGCGAGCUGGCGAACGAGGUGGCGGAAGCACUCGCGAACCCGGUAUAUGGUGCUCCAGAGCUAGACGAUGACGAGCUGAAAGCGGAGCUCGAGGAACUACAAGAAGAGGCCCUGAACGAGCGCCUGAAUCUUGCGGAUCAUGUCCCAGUGCAUCUGCCACCAGGAGCGACGAAGGUCGACGACAAGACACGAACACCAGCUGCGGUGGAAGACGACGAAGAGGCGCAGCUCAAGGAGUUGCAAGCGGCAAUGGCGAUGUAG